UCGCACAACCCGACGUUCAAUCCGAUCAUCUGCCAGAUCUGCGGCGACGAUGUGGGUCAAUUCGUGGAGGGCGGCAUCUUCGUGGCGUGCCACGAGUGCGCGUACCCCGUGUGCCGCCCCUGCUACGACUACGAGCGCAAGGAGGGCAGCCGCGCGUGCCCGCAGUGCAAGACGUUUUACAAGCGCUACAAGGGGAGCCCACGCAUUGACGAAGAUGAUGACGACGAAGACGACGAAGAGGCGAGGAGCGACCGCGGAGGCGACAGGGCCGGCGCAUCGCUGGACGUCCCUACGACGUCGUACGCGUCGUACGUGUCACACAACGCGCAGGCGUCGUCGCAGUACCCGAUGCUGACGUCCAACCAGGUCAACCCAGACCAGUCGGUCGCAACGGAGUACAACCCGGGCGCUAUGGUGCCGGCCGGUACGAUUCCGCCGCCCUCGGAUUACAACAAGUACGAGCGCACGCCCAGCCGUACGCCCAGCCAGACGCCGAGCGCCAACGACAUGGCCAUGGAGCUCCGUGCCCCCAGCUACGGCUACGGCAGCGUCGUCUGGAAGGAUCGUGUGGAGUCGUGGAAGCAGCAGCAGGGUCGCAUGGUGGUCGGCGACGGCAACGGCGCAGAGGAAGUUUCCGCAGGCGCCACUGCCGAAGGCGAUCUCCCGUCCAUGGACGAAUCCCGUCAGCCUCUGUCGCGCAAGGUUCACUAUCCGUCAUCGCUCAUCAGCCCGUACCGUCUGGUUAUCGUGAUUCGCCUGGCGGUGCUCGUUUUCUUCCUUCGCUGGCGGUGCCUGAAUCCCGUCGACGGAGCGUGGUGGCUGUGGCUUAUUUCGGUUAUUUGCGAAGUCUGGUUUGCGUUUUCGUGGAUUCUCGAUCAGUUUCCCAAGUGGAUGCCGAUCAAGCGAGAGACGUAUCUGGACCGUCUGUCGCUGCGUUUCGAUCGCAAGGGCGAGCCUUCGCAGCUGUCGGCUGUCGAUCUUUUCGUGUCGACGGUGGAUCCGCAGAAGGAGCCUCCGCUCACCACAGCGAACACGCUUCUCUCCAUCCUGUCCGUUGAUUAUCCCGUCGACAAAGUUUCGGCUUACGUGCACGACGAUGGUGGCGCGAUGCUCACUUUCGAUGCGAUGGGCGAAACGGCGAAAUUCGCGAGGCGCUGGAUUCCUUUCGCGAAGAGAUACAACAUCGAGCCGCGGGCACCUGAAGUGUACUUCACGCAGAAGGUCGACUACCUCAAGGACAAGGUUGACCAGGAUUUCGUCAAGGAUCGUCGCCAAAUGAAGAGGGACUAUGAGGAGUUCAAGAUUCGCAUUAACUCUCUCGUCGCGCGCUCCCACAAGAUGCCCGAAGAAGGCUGGGUGAUGCAGGACGGCACGCCGUGGCCGGGCAGCAAAUCCCGCGACCAUCCCGGCAUGAUCCAGGUCUUCCUCGGCCCGAGCGGCGGAACCGACGUCGACGGUCACGUGCUUCCGCGCAUGGUUUACGUCUCUCGCGAGAAGCGCCCGGGUUACAACCACCACAAGAAGGCCGGUGCGAUGAACUCGCUGAUCCGCGUGUCGGCGAUUCUGUCCAACGCGCCGUACAUGCUGAAUCUGGAUUGCGAUCAUUACCUCAACGACAGCAAGGCGCUGCGCGAGGCGAUGUGCUUCAUGAUGGACCCGAAUGUGGGCAAGAAGUGCUGCUACGUGCAGUUCCCGCAGCGAUUCGACGGCAUUGACCCCAACGAUCGUUACGCCAACCACAACACCGUCUUCUUCGAUAUUAAUCUGCCUGGGCUCGACGGCAUUCAGGGCCCCUGCUACGUGGGUACCGGUUGCUGCUUCCGUCGCCACGCGCUCUACGGCUACGAGCCGCCCAAGAAGGAGAAGAAGGCGCGGUGCGGUGGGCUCAUGUGCUCGUGCUUCAGCUGCUGCGCGGGCGACCGCGGGAAGGAGGGCGGAGGCAAGCGGAAGCAGCUUCCUGAUGGCACGCCGCUGCCUGCCGGCGCUGAGGCCUUCCUGGGUGAUGACGAUGUGGAGGGAGACAGCCUCUUGGCGCUCAAGAAGUUUGAGAAGAAGUUCGGCCAGUCGCCGGUCUUUGUGCUCUCGACGUUCCACGAGGAGGGCGGCGGCGUGGCUUCUGCCAGUCCCGGGUCCACUCUGAAGGAGGCCAUCCACGUCAUCUCGUGCGGCUACGAGGAGAAGACGGAGUGGGGCAAGGAGCUUGGCUGGAUCUACGGGUCAGUCACAGAGGAUAUUCUGACGGGCUUUAAGAUGCACGCGCGCGGCUGGCGCUCCAUCUACUGCAAGCCGAAGCGCGCCACCUUCAAGGGAGGAGCGCCCAUUAAUCUGUCCGAUCGUCUGCAGCAAGUGCUCCGGUGGGCUCUAGCUGGUAUCGACACCAACUUCACGGUUACAGCCAAGCAGGCGGAAGAUGGCGAGUUUGCUGAGCUCUACCUGUUCAAGUGGACGUCGCUUCUCAUCCCUCCCUUCUUCCUCAUCAUCUUCAACGUCCUCGGGAUUGUCGCGGGAGUCGCAGGGCGGAACGCCAAGAUGCCCACGAUUGUGAUCGUGUGGUCGGUACUGCUCGCCUCCAUCUUCUCCCUCCUCUGGGUCAAGAUCAGCCCCUUCAGCGCUAAGAACGAGGGCCCCCCACUUGAGUCCUGUGGCCCUCUACCGCCUAUGGAGCCUCCCCUCCCUCUCUACUCUCCCCUUCCACAUCCUCCACUCAAGCACUUCUUUCAAAUGCAUCCAAUCAUUCUCCUGUCCGACGAACCCGCCCCCGCUGUGUGGACUCAUAGCUCCUCCUCCCACGCUUCCUCAUCCCACCCAUCCUCCUCCCACCCAUCCCCACCCGCCUCUCCCUCGUCCUCUCCCCCCUCUGUAUCUUGGUCCAUCUCCCCCGCCUCCCACCCUCGUUCGCCGUCCCUCCCACCUCCCCCCCUGGCCCCCCCACCCUGCCCCUCUUCCCACGUGAACCCCCUCGCACUCCAUCUCUCCUCCCCCGUUUCAUACAACACCUCCUCCUCACCCCCCGGCAGAUCAGUGUAG